AUGAAAGGAUGGACCUCGCCCUUCGCGCAACAGUCCAGCUUUCAGGGCCAGGGGCGCAAGCUCGGCGGCGGGGAAGGCUCGUCCGGCGGAGCGGGGGGAUCGCGCCCGCUAGGCGUUCCGCGCACGGGCGCAGCGGCGGGGCGGGCGCUGCAUGAGACGGCGGAGCGACAGGAGCAGCUGCAGAAGCAGCAGAAGGAGGAGUGGCGGCAGCAGAUGCAUCAGCGGUGGGCGGGAGCGGGACCGCCGACGGCGCAAGGGCAAGGACAGGGGAAGGCGCCGCAGGUGCGGGAGCAGCAGCUUCCACAGCAGCCGCGUUCCCCAGGAUUUACGGGGGGAGGUGGGCCCGGCGCCGGUGCUGGCGCCGGUGCUGGCGCUGGCGCGGGUGCUGGCGCGGGUGCGGGUGCUGGUGCGGGUGCUGGUGCUGGCGCGGGUGCUGGUGCUGGCGCGGGUGCGGGUGUGGGUGCCGGCGCUGGCGCUGGCGCUGGUGCUGGUGCUUGGGGAGCCGCUGCGUCGUCUGGUAUGUUCAAGCGCAUUCGCCUGGGCAACCCGCGGAUUGCGGAUACUGUUGGCAAGGCAGCAGGGGCAAUGGAUUUGCUGCGGUCUGUGGGGUUUGAGAUGGUGGAAGAGGCGGUGGAAGGCGGUGCAGCCGGGGGGGGUGCGGUGGCAGGAGGUGUGGAUCAGUGGGCAGUGAUGACGAAUGUGAGGCUGGAGCUGGUGAGUGAGGCUGUGGCAGUGCUCACAGCCGUGGGAGGGCAGAGUAGUGCUCCAGCUGGUUCUGUAGCUGGUGUUGCGGGAGGGAGUGCUGGUGCUACACCUGCUGCUGCAACAGCCUCUCCGACGGCAGCGGAGGGUGAAGAGCAGGAGGCAGUGGCACCCAUGCCCAAGAUUGACCGGCAGGUGCGGGUGUUCCUAUCAACGGAGGAGAACAAGGCGGCGCGCAUCGAGGUGCCGGACUCAUUCUUCGACCGCACGGCAGAGGACGUGCGGCAGGAGGCCAUGGCACGGCGCCGCGCACAGGAGGGCGCACAGCUGCUCAUGACGCGCGCCAUGCGCGAGAGGCAGGCCGCUGCGCUCAAGCGCCGGUACCGUGCGGCGAUCGUGCGCGUCAUGUUCCCUGAUGGGCUUGUGCUGCAGGGCGUGUUUCGACCCAGUGAACCCACCGCUGCGCUCUAUGAGUUCGUGGCAGAGGCACUCAAGGACCCGACACAGGAGUUCCAGCUGCUGCACCCCAUCCCCAUGGCCAACCGCUCCCAGGCAAUCCCAUCCAUGGCAGCAGGCCCAGGAGCGCCCAUGCCAUCACUGGAGAAAGAGGAGCUGGUGCCGGCAUCGCUCAUCAAGUUCCGCCCUGUGUGCCUGGGCCCGCCAGGGUACACGGGGCUCAGGAGGGAGCUGCUGGAGCAGGCUCAGCCGAUCACUGCUGUGCCGUUUCCUCCUCUGGAUACGUCCGGGUAG